AUGAAUAGAACCUAUUUGAAUUUAUCUACUCAUCCAAUAACUUCAACAGCUGAUAAUACUUCAUUGAAUACAAUGUCAACAACAAAAGUUCGUUUCAGUUCAGAUUUAUGUAAUGGUCAUAUAUCGUCAUCAUCAUCAUCCUUUAAAACAUAUUCAAAUAAUUUAUGCGAUGCACCAUCUUCAUCAUCAUCAACUGGUGAUUAUUCAACAUCAUCUGAAUUCAGUAGUACAUCACAUAUUUUGAAAAACUUUACUAUUGGUGAUCGGGUUUUUUUAAGUAGAACAAAACAACAUGGUACAAUUGCAUAUAUUGGACCAACACAUUUUUCCGCUGAAGAUCUUGUCGGUGUUGUAUUAGAUUCCAACUCUGGGAAACAUGAUGGCAGCAUAAAUGGAAUACGAUAUUUUCAGUGUCCAGCAAGACGUGGGUUAUUUUGUCCGAUCGGUGACUUGUUCCCAGUGGACCAAAAAAACAUUUUUUCGAGAAAUAGAAUUCGACCUAAUACUAAUUGUGAAGUCAACCAGAAGCUCAAGUUUCAUAUCUCUGAUAAACGGGCAUCAUCUAAUUCCUUCUGUAAUCAAUUUGACAGAUAUGACCGUAAACGUCAUUCAUUUAGACUUCCUAAAACAACAGAUAAUGCAUACUUACAAGAAAGUGGAAAAUUUCAGAGAUCCUGGUCUGAAAGGAGUAGAUCUACUGGAAAACUAUGGAAAGAUUCUGAAUUUAGUACCUCCAAUCGAAUUGUUGAACCCUAUGACGUACCAAAGGAAAUAAAAGAUCAUCGAUAUAAUACUCUACCAGAAUAUUCAAAUCGCUCUUCAAAUAAUCCAUCAUUAUCUAGUUUACAUUUUAUUCGAACCGGUAGUCUUUCUAAAAUAAAACAAAAUUAUGAAUUUAAAAAAAGUAAUACUAUAUGUGGUAUUAAUUCAAUUUCUUCUACAUCAAAAUUAUAUGAUCAACAUCAUAAAAAUAGUUUAAAUAAUAAUAAUAAUAAUAAAUUAAACUUAUUCAAUUCAAAAUAUUCUUCUAAUAAAUUGUCAACAUAUACAUCCAAUUCAUCUUUAUUCAAUGUACAAUUUAGAAAUUCUUUAAAAUUAAUUAAAUUAAAAACUAAAUUCAAUAAAUAUUCUAUUGAACAAUUAAUAAAUAAUAAUUUUAAUAAUAAAAAUGAUCAUUUACAACAGAAUUAUUUAUUGAAUGAAAAUCAAUUAGUUCUUAUGAAUAAUGUUAUUCAUUGUGCACAAGAAAGAUUAAAUGAUUUACAAAAUCAAGUUUUACAAUAUCAUGAAAUGAAUGUGAAAUUAACAAAACAAUUAACAUUUGUUAAAAUAUGUCAGCAAGAAAUUUUAUGUAAACUUGGUGAAGGACAAAAGAAUGAUGUGUGUGAAUCACAGCAAAUAGAUCAACAACAAAAAGAACGAAUUUGUGAAAUUAAACAUAAACUUUUUCUAGAAUAUGAAAGAUUACAAAAUUUGGCGAAGAACUUUUCUGCGCUAAAAAUUACCAAUAUGGAUAUCAUUCCAAAGGUUGUAUAUAAUGGCCAAAAUUGUAAUAAGCAAACUAUUCUAAACAAUUGUUAUAAGGAGGAAAAUAGUGUUGUCAUGGCAACUGUUCAUCCUUUUGAGAAAAGUGAUUACAGUAACAAAAUCACUGCUAAUAAUGAUGUUUAUUGUGAAGAUAUAACAUCCAAUAAUAAUGGUGAUAAUCUUAAAAGUCAACUGGAUAAUACUAGUAAUUUACAAGAAAUUAUGAAACUUAGAAAACAAAUACUUAUCAUUUAUGAAUCUUAUCAAUGUCAUUAUCAAGAUGUAUUGAAAAAAUUAAAAACUUAUCAACAUACAUUAAAUGAUCAAAUGUGUGAAAUACGCGAGUGUGAUCCUAACGAAGACUCGCAUUCAUUUUCCCUACCGACCAAAUCAAUUGCUCUAUCCAGCUGUCAUUACAACAUUAACAAUUUGCAUUUAUUUGAUCCAGAGUGUGACGCACAGAAAUCAUUGGACUUUCAUAAAUCAAUUUGUGAGGAACAUAAAAUGCUAUUGAAAGAAGCUAAAAAUAAAAAUUACAAACUUUCGAUGGAACUAAGUGUCGUUAAUGCAGAGAUAACACAUCUGAAUGGUCGACCAGAAAUACAACUACAUAACCACCUAAAGAAGUUAGAAUUAUCUAAAACUACCAAUGAUAAUAUACAUCAAACAAUUCAACAUUUAGAAGAACAAAUUGCUAGAGUUCAUAAAGAAUUAGAAGAUGCUAAAAAUAAACUCAAUAAGGAGGAUGGUAUACAUAUGGCGCUCAUGCGAAUGAAUCUUCGAAUUCAUCAAUUAAAGCAAAUGGAAAUCAAAGCCCACAGUCUCAUAAACGAUCAGUGCAUGAGUAUAAAAACAAAAGAAAAGGAACUAACAGAGACAAUUAAUAAAAUGGAUUUAUUGUCCGAAGUCUGGGCUAAUGAAAGGCAAGUCAAAAUUGAGACAAUUCAAAAAUUACGCGAAAAUCUUAAAUUUCUGUCAAACAAAUCUCCAAAAGUCCAUAUAACGAAUAAAGCAAUUCGAAUACAGUAUACUGACAGCAUAACCAAUAAUGGUGAACAGAAACCAGACACACAAGAACCUCACCUACCAUACUCGUUAUUUAGUGCUUUAUGCAAAGAAAUACGCCGUUUACAAUCUCGUUCGGUCAGUCUUGUAGAAGCAUUAGACUUAUUGAGCACAGGGAGUUACAAUUCAGAAAGGCUUGAUCAUAUUAAAAAUUUAGUAUUUUCUUCAAACCAAACAAAAAAUACAUACACCAUAAAUUGGAAGAACAUGCCUUUGAACAAUGUUGGCACUAAUAUCAAAAGGAAUAUGGAUACAAGACCAUUUAACACUGUUCGAUCUAUCAAACAGCGUAAUAACGGAACUGUAUCAUCGAAUGCCCAUUCACCUAAAAGGAUGUCAGGUGUUUCCGUAGCUUCUCGUCAUAGUAAACAUGUAACAAUCAGUGAUAAUCGCAGGCAAAGAAUUUCAUCAUACAAAAAUUAUUCUGAUGGUAAUUCUAAACAUUUGUUAGUACACGAAUCAGUUAAUGAAAAAGCAGUUUAUCCUAACCCACCCACUAGUUUACAAGGAGAAAAUUCAGUCCCACCAUUGCAACAGCGACAUGAACAACAACAAGAUCUAGUGCAAGAAGAAAAAGAAGAAUGUCUACACCAACUACAAGAACAACAGCUCUUUUAUCAUUAUAAUUUACCGAUUUCUUUCAGUCCACGUGUACAACGCCGCCCAGUUUCGUUUUAUUUAAGUCGAAAUAUAGAUAAAUUUGUAAAAUUGCCAAUUCCAGAAGCUGAUGAAGAAGAGCAAACUGACGAUGACGAAGAAAACAUUAGUGAAGUAAUGGAUGAAGAUGAUGACGAGGAGGAGCAGUACGAGGAAAAGAAUGAAAACGUAGAAGAAGUACAAGAUAAAAAUAAAGAGCAUUGUAAUAAUCAUAUUGGGUCCCAUAACCAUGAAGGGAUUGGGGUAGAAACAUCCUAAGAAACAAACAUUGUAUUAAUCAGUAAUCAGUCUUGACCGCAAACAUAUUUUCUCAAACUUUUAUUUGUAAAAUUCGUUCAUAAUUGAAUAUUAAUAUAAUACUCAAUCAUUUUGUAUCAAUCAAACUUAAGACCUAAUAACCUGUGUACAAUAAACUCACAUUCCUUUUUAUUACAUUGUAACAUUAAUGUAUUAUUUACAAGCCACUUUACGUCUAUAUUAAUCAAAACCUUACUGUAAUAACCAAAUAUUACGUGAAUCGAACAAAAAAGGCUGUGUAUAUGAACAAUAAAACACAAUUCUGUUUUCAUAUUACAUACAUGUAAACAAAUGAGUUCUAUAUCUUCACCAUCUGUACCACUCUCAGAAUUCUCAAUAUACAGAAAUUCCUUUCAUCUCUUGAGUUUCAAUUGUUUAUACAGCUCAUUCAGAAGAUGUAACUAUUUUUUUAUCUACUAAUUACUUCAUAUUCUUCAUUCAUUCUUCCCUUAUUUUAGAUUUUAUUCUGUGCCCACUAAUGCACACAUUGAUUUCAAUGAUUUACUCCUAUUUCUUAUGUCCAAGAUUUAUUUUUCUCUGAAUCCUUACUUUAUCCUAACACUUUUUGCUCACUUCCUGGUCGACAGUAAUUCUUUUUCUAUAUGUUGUACAAAUAAAAAAAC